GUUGUAUAUUUACUAAGGGAGAGACUAGUGUGGUGCGUUCAGUACAGAGCUUAUGUUGAUGUCCUAUCACAGAAACUCCAGUAGUGAGAUAAAAUGACCACCAAUAUGCGACGUGCUGUCAGGUUUCUAAUGCUUGGACUGUUGGUACACCAUGUCACAGCACCACCUCCGCUCCUCGUGGAACUGGGUGCACAAGAAGAGGAAUAUCGGAAAACUGCCACAAAACCAGAUAAGUACCCGAAUCAAUUUUCUGUGGACAACGAUCCAUCGUUAACUCGAUAUCUAAAUCUUGACCAAUUCGAGGUGAAGGACGAAUUCUCUGACGACAAGCUAGAAGAAGGUCUUUAUCUGGACCCUUAUGUAGGCGGACAGAAGGACUCUAAACAUGGCGAUUUUGACAAAACACCAAAGAAACCUGAUCGAUAUUUGGACCAUGAUUUGCCUUCGCAGACAAUUUCUGAUAGCUUAUUACAUGACACUAGUGCCAUUGACCUAGAUGAAGGGGUGUACGUGGCUGAUGAGUUUGAACCCCUUCCCGUUCCCACAAAUUUCAGUCAAUACGACAUGAAUGGUGACGGGUACAUCGAUUUGGAAGAGCUCAUGAUGGCUACACAAGCCCGGGAAAACGCUGCUUUGGCUUUACAUGCCUCUGACAUAGACGGUGAUGGUCGUCUUUCCCGUUUGGAAUUUAAUGUGGCACCCUGGGUCAUCGGAGUUGACCAACUUGGAAAGAACAAUAUAAACGCGGCUAAAUCAGAUGCAUCCGACGGUAUCUAUGGUAAGACACAUGAUGAACACACCCAUAGGAAGGAGAUGGACGACGACAAGCUCCAGAACAUGUACAAGGAUGCCACGUAGUAGUUUACCAUCAGUUUUAUAUCUAACGUACUUCUUUGUAUAAUUUAUCCAAUAAGUCAGCCAUCAGGUGACCAUAUGUUUUCCAUGCAUGGAUGACUCUGUUGUGCGGAAACAUGCUAAUAUUCCAAGUGUCAUAAUUCAUUGUGAAUGAACUUCAUCCGGUAGAGUUACCUUACCUAUUAAUAUUCUUAUCAUUCAGAAACAGGCUGAUGUUUGCAAAAUAAUCAAUAACAUGGACAUUUUGUAGAACAAUCUGUGCUUGUAAUGACAUGCAUUUAAAUGGAUGUUUAAAGAUUACAUAUUGUAUGGUCUAAGGGAGACAAUCUAACUCCAAAUACAGGAGUUAUUCCCUUAGUUGUAAAUAGCUUGAUAUCGAGAUAUUUCUUGAAUGAAUCUUGUUAAAAUGACUGGAAUAACA